UUCUAUUACUCAACAAACUCAGAGAUUUUCAACAAACUCAGAGAUUCGGGCAAGAAGACCCAGUGGAAAUAGAUCAUGGAUGAUUUAGAUGCUUUGUUGGCAGAACUGGAACAAACAACGGAGAGUCUGAGUGUGAAUGAUUCAGACCCAACUGUUUGCUUUCUUCUCAAGCGCGACAACAAACCAGCAAAAACAGAAAGCCAUUUAACCCAACACCACAAAUCAACACCUCAAGAAGCCAAAAAGGUAGAACCAGCACACAAUGUUCAAACCCAUAAAGAAGAUGCAGAUAUUUACAGCAAAGUUUUACCCCCACAGCCAACAGUGUCCUCCUCAUCUUCUACCUCAGUUGCUCAGGAACUGGACGAUCUUUUGGCUUGCUUGGGAACAAUCCAAUCCAAGGUCUCAGAUAGCUUGGCCACUUCUGGCCAGUCAACAUCAGCAGAAGGGAACACCACGGACAACCUAGACAACAUAUUGAAGAGUUUGUCUCAUGAUAUGCAGGACCUUGGCGUUGCUACUGUGCCUAAGGGUAACUGUGCCUUUUGCCACAAACCUAUUGCUGGAAAGGUAAUUACAGCUCUGGGAAAGAUGUGGCAUCCCGAACACUUCACAUGCACCCAUUGUGGAAAAGAAGUGGGUUCCCGGCCAUUCUUUGAGCGGGACAACAAAGCUUACUGCCAAGAAGACUACCAUCAGCUCUUCUCUCCUCGCUGUGCUUACUGUAAGGCACCCAUCCAGGAGAAAAUCCUAACCGCUAUGGAUCAGACUUGGCACCCUGAACAUUUCUUUUGUACACAUUGUGGGACUGUGUUUGGCGAUGAUGGUUUCCAGGUGAAAGAUGGAAAGCCAUACUGCCAGAAAGAUUUCCAGAGCAUUUUUUCUCCCAAAUGCAGAGGCUGUGAUCGUCCUGUGAUGAAUCAAUAUUUGUCAGCUCUGAAUGCCGUAUGGCAUCCUGAAUGUUUUGUGUGCAGAGAUUGUUUCUGCAGUUUUACUGAUGGUUCUUUCUUUGAACUGAAAGGUCAGCCAUACUGUGAGCUUCACUUCCAUCAACAUCAGGGAACAGUGUGCCAUGGUUGUGGAAAACCUAUUGUUGGACGGUGCGUCAGUGCCAUGGGGCACAAGUUUCACCCAGAGCAUUUUGUUUGUGCCUUUUGCCUUACUCAGUUGCACAAUGGUAUUUUUCAGGAGCAGAAUGAAAAAACCUACUGUAACUCUUGCUUUAAAAAGCUCUUCGUUUAACUUAAAAGCAUCGAAAACAUUACUCUUCCCAAGAAUGUUAUUGCAAAACAAAAAAUAAGACUGCAAUCCUAGGACACUUUCUUGGGGCAUAGAGCUUCCAGAGAUUUUCUCUUGAGUAAAAGAAAAAACCCACAAAAUUAGGCAAAAUUAAAUAUCAUAACAAAUAUGGUAAUUUGCCCCACAUUGUAACACUCUUAUACUUUAGUGUUUUCAAAUUAACCAACUGCUAGGUAUGUAGCUUUUGUGUUGAAUUUAAAUAACUUUACUAGAAUUCAUUAUUUGGAGAUCUGGUUUUUUUUUAAAGAAAUACCGGUAUUAAGAGUAUAUAUAAAUGUUUGUUGAGAUUUUUUUUCAGCUGAUAAAACAAGUUGGUUUUUGAACUAACACAUAUUCAUCUGCAGAAAUACCUUUCAUUAUUUCUAUAAUCUUUAUAACUAAUAGCAGAGAU